UCCACAGGAAAUCUCGCAUAAAAAGCAACCGAAAAACGCCCAAAGGCAUUUCAUUUCUUUCCAGCCAGUUCACAGGGCACAUCGAGAAAUUAACCGUGUGUUGUAACCACCUAAAAAAUUUGGGAUGGGGUUAAAAGUAAUUCAAGCAAUGGAAAAACAUGGUAAAACUCCUGUCAAGUGGUUGAUGUCUAUGGCUGCAGCUUUUGGCAAGACUUGAACCUCGCACGAGGUCAGACUGACACGGUGACCAGAGCGUUUUCCUCAAAAUCGAUGUGAGACACAGACACUAGCCUGGUUCGGAAACAUCCCCGACUGAGGAGAAGGAGAGGGAGAGGCAGGCAGAGAUGUACUCAGCAAUCCUUCUUCUGCCUUCCCUGCUCAUCCUCCCUGUUACGACCGUGCCGCAUGUCAUCACUUUCCAUGGGCGCAGAGUGUGUGUCAGGGAGAGCUCCCAGCUCAACACUGUUUUCUACACUGAGUCCUUCGUCCAGCCCGUCCACAAGCCUUAUAUCACUCUUUGUCAGGGACAUCGACUCUGCAGCACGUACAAGACGUUGUACAGGGUGUCAUACCGCCAGGCGAGCCAAAGUGUUCCGGUACCACACACCUAUUCGCAGUGCUGCCCAGGCUGGCGAAGGUUUCACUCACACAGCUGUAAUCAAGCGGUGUGCGCGCAGGCUUGUGCAAACGGGGGUACCUGCAUGAGGCCCAAUCACUGUGCCUGUCCUAUGGGGUGGACAGGAACACACUGUCAGAGAGAUGUGGAUGAGUGCAGCAGUUCACACGCGUGUUCUCAGCUGUGCCUCAACACAGCGGGCAGCUACCAGUGUGGCUGUGAGGAAGGCUACCAGCUGGCUGGGGAUGGCCACUCCUGUCACACCAUUCCUUCACCUGCCAGCCCAGCUGCUCCUCCCAGACCAGGUCAGGUCACACCCUCCAUCCGUGAUUCAGGUGGAAAGGUGGCACUUGUUGAUGACAUGACAGAGGAAGUGCAGAACCUGAAGAACAGAGUCGAGCUACUGGAACAGAAGCUGCAACUGGCUCUGGCUCCUUUUAACAGCCUCUUCCCACUGUCACUGGAUGAAAGCGUCGCUGAAAGGAGCAGCUUCCUCUCCCACUCCUUCCAGCAGCUAGACCGCAUUGACUCGCUCAGCGAGCAGAUUGGCUUCCUGGAGGAACGGCUCGGCACCUGUUCCUGUCAAGAAAAUUAGACAUAGUAACCACAAUGACUCGGAUCAAAAGAAGUGGGGAAGACAACAUUUCCAACAUGGCACAUGAAAUCCAAGCAGGACUUCAGUGUUCUAAUCCUUGACCCACGAAAAGGGAACAUGCCAUAUUCACCAUUUCCAUGCCAGCUAAAGAAAAACCCAACAUGUUAAGUAUUUAUUUUCUGAUUAGCAGGCACAAGUUUUUUUUUUUUUUUUAAAU